UAAGGCUGGAACUCAGGCUCUUUACUCUAAGCUACAUCCCCUUACACUUUAAUUUUGCGAUGGAGUGGCCCUUGACAAGUACCCUACUUGCUGCUUCUGUGGUGGAGCGACCUGGUGACGUCACUGCUUCACCGGCCUCCUGUCAACAUGGCUGCCUGCCCGCCUCUGGAAAAGGCACCAACCCCUAGUCAUUGAGGAAGCACAGAUUUUCCUAAACUUUACAUUUCUAACCGAGCCUGUUUUCUCACACGAAAAUUAAGAUUCAUAGAAUUGGUUCUCAGAGUUUGAUGAUAUCACACUGUGAAACCAAAAGGCCUGGUCCCCACUGGGACCUUUAACACGGGCGCAGGUGCGAGCGGCUUCAGCAUCCACACUGCGCCUGCGCGAGCGCCUCGUGGGCGUCAACCGCCGGGUAACCGCUCAGCUGUGCGUGGCGCCGUCGGGCGCGAAGACAAAAGAGCGAGCUCGGCCUGGUUCGCUCCCUCACGCGCGAGGCCUCUGAAGGCCAGAGACUCUCCUGGUUUCUGACUUACCUGUGCAAAGCGGCAGUCAGUUCCCCGCCGCUGCCUUCUGGGAACCCCGGCGCCAGGACUUCCCGGCGGCGCGGCCCGGACUUCUGAGGGCGAAGACGGCGGCCUUGCCUGGCGGGAUGCUGGAGGUCCUGGUGCUGAGGAUUGAAGAUCCGGAUUGCUUCUGGGUUGUUAUCAAAGGAUGUAGUCCCUUUUUAGAUCAUGAAGCUGACUAUCAAAAACUAAAUAGUGCCAUGAAUGACUUCUAUAACAGCAUGCAUCAAAAUAUAGAAAUAAAGCCGUUGAUUUUGGAAGAAGGGCAGGUUUGUGCGGUUUAUUGUCAGGAGCUAAAGUCCUGGUGCAGGGCUGUUAUUAAAUCAAUCAUACCUUCAGCAGACCACUAUCUAGCCAAGUGUUUCCUUGUGGAUUUUGCCAAGUACAUUCCAGUAAAAUCUAAAAACAUCCGAGUUGCAGUAGAAUCUUUUAUGAAGCUUCCCUAUAGGGCGAAAAAAUUCAGGCUCUAUUGCACAAAACCUGUUACAUUACACAUUGACUUCUGCGAAGACAAUGCUGAAAUUGUACCUGCAAAGAAAUGGGACAGUGCUGCUAUCCAGUAUUUUCACAACAUCCUGAAAGCAACUACCCAGGUGCAAGCCAAAUUAUGUGCUGUGGAAGAUGAUACUUUUGAGGUUUACCUUUAUGUAACAAUAAAAAAUGUAAAAGUUUGUGUUAAUGAUGAUCUAGUUGCAAAGAACUUUGCGUGUUAUGCAUCACCCACAAAGAAUGAAUAUCUUGAUUCAGAGAAAGCAAGAUUCAAUAUAAAGCCAGACUCCUUUUCCAGUAAACCCAAUCCAGCACUUACUCUUUGGCCAAUGCUUUUGCAGAGAAAAGAUUUUCAAGGAACAAAAAGUUCACGUGGUUUAGAUUUUCUGACACAGUCUCUCCAGCACACAUGGUACAAGGGUGUUGUUGGUGACCUUGGACCAGCUGCUGCAGUACUGGAUAAAGCUGUAAAAUGGAAUAUGGAUUCAUUGAGAGACUCAUCUAAAAAAAAAUCUGAACAUCAGCCACAGUGUGUCUCUUUAAAAGAUUGUGUUGAAUCUUCAGCUUACUGGCCAAUAAAAAGAGGCAUAACCAUAUAUGCUGAUCUAGACGUACUGGCAGAAAGUGCUUUAAGUCAGAAGCCAAGUGAGAAACCACUAAGAUUAGCUGAGAAGAAAGAAUACGAUGAGAAGAAUAGCUGUGUAAAAUUACUGCAAUUUUUAAACCCUGAUCCUUUGAGAGUUGAUGGAAUCUCUGAUCUGCAGCAGUUGCAGAAGCUGAAGUCAGGCACGCAGCAGCCUGUCAUGGUCCUCCGGAACAAGAUUGAGCCUUGCCUGACCAUUGACAGUUCACCACUGUCUGAAAACCUGAAAAAGGCUCUUCAGAGAAAGAAGUACCCAGGACCCAGCUACACUGAAUCUUACUCUUGGCCUCCCAUAGCACGUGGCUGUGAUGUGGUUAUCAUUUCUCACUGUGGAAAUGACCCUUUGUUGUACCUCCCACCAUUGCUUACCAUGUUACAAAUGGGGGGCUGCUAUAAGUCAUUACCAAGUAGAAAUGGACCUCUUGUAAUAAUCGUGUGCCCAGGGUGGAAAAAGGCCCAAUUAACUUUUGAAUUAUUGGGAGACUACAGCAUGUCCUCCAGGCCUCUUCAUCCUAUGUUCUUAACAAUUGGACUUCACAAAGAUGAAGCCAAAAACAUGAAGCUUCCAAGGGGGUGUGAUGUAAUAGUCACAACACCACAUAGCCUCCUGAGACUUCUUGCAUACCAAAGCUUGUUAUUUCUUAGAGUCUGUCACCUGGUUUUGGAUGAGGUGGAAAUAUUAUUUUCCGAAGCUAAUGAACAAAUGUUUGCUAUAUUAGAUAACUUUAAGAAAAAUGUUAAAAUGGAAGAAAGGGAGUGUGCACCACGUCAGAUCAUUGCAGUUGGAGUUCACUGGAACAAACACAUAGAACACCUGAUGAGAGAGUUCAUGAAUGAUCCCUAUGUUGUGAUCACAGCCCCGGAGGAGGCUGCUCUGUAUGGGAAUGUCCAGCAGGUGGUGCAUCUCUGCCUAGAAUGUGAAAAAACCUCUACUUUACUCCAAGUUCUUGAUUUCAUUCCCAGUCGGGCACAGAAGACCUUGAUUUUUACUUGCUCUGUAGCUGAAACAGAAGUAGUGUCUAAGGUAAUAGAAAGCAAUUCAAUAUUUUGUUUGAAAAUGCAUAAAGAAAUGACUUCUGACUUAAAUAAUGUUUUAGAACAGUGGAAGAAGUUAAAUUCUGGCUCUCACAUUGUACUAGCCUUAACUGAUGACUGCAUACCACUCCUGGCCAUCACUGAUGCCACAUGUGUGAUUCACUUCAGCUUCCCUUCUUCACCAAAAUAUUUUGGUGGACGCCUGUAUUGUAUGUCUGAUCACUUUGGGAAUUUAACUGAACAGGGUUCUGCAGAGCAGGGAGAUAAAAAACCCAAGUCUGUCUUGUUGCUGACGGAGAAAAAUGCAAGCCAGGCAGUUGGUGUCCUGCGCUACUUGGAGCGAGCAGAUGCCAAAAUCCCAUUGGAACUAUUUGAGUUUACUGCAGGAGUUCUGGAAGCCAAAGAAGAUAAGAAGGCCAGACGACCUCUGUGUCCAUAUCUUAAAGCUUUUGGAUUUUGCAAAGACAAAAGAAUCUGUCCUGAUCGACACCAGAUUAAUCCAGAAAUGGAUAUGCCAAGAAAAUUAUCCAACCAAGCUCUACCAGUGUUUGGAUAUAUUAAAAUGAUACCUUGUUAUGUUUCAAAUGCAACAAAUUAUUUUGGUCGAAUAAUUGAUAAACAUGUGGAUCUUUAUGCAACUCUUAAUGCUGAAAUUAAUGAGUAUUUUAAAGAUUCUAGUAAUAAAACAACUGUUAAGAAGGUGAAGAAAUUUGGAUUGUAUGGAUUAGAAGAGAAAACAUCUUUUCACAGGGUCCAGGUGUUAGAGAUGAGCCAAAGAGAAGACUCAUGGGUCCCAGGCAAUGUCUUGGUGAAGUUCAUAGAUGAAGGCAGGACAGGGCUGGUUGCCACAGACCAGCUGUUGAAUCUCCCUGAGAGCUUCAGUGCUAUUCCCCCACAGGCUGUGGAGUUUAUUGUCUGCAGAGUGAAACCUACUGAUGGUGAGAUGGAAUGGAAUCCGAAGGUUACUAGGUACAUUCAUCAUAAAAUUGUUGGAAAACUACAUGAUGCAAAAGUGGUAUUGGCUUUGGGAAAUACAGUUUGGAUUGAUUCGAUGGUACAUGUUACAAAACUUUCAAAUUUGAGAACUUCUGUUGUUGAUUAUAAUGUGCGAGCUGAAAUUCUGUCCAUGGGAAUGGGCGUUGAUAAUUCAGAACAUGUAGAAGAACUAAAAAAGUUAUACAAAAGAGCUAAAAUGACCACUUCUGAAGAAAGCCUGAACCAAAUCCCGACACCUCUCUCAACAUCUCCCUCAGAAUCAGCAGAAAAUACCACUUGUCUGCAGGGAGUACAGCAAGAGGACUCUGGUGUAGAAAAAGAGACUGGCUCUGAGACAAAAUCAGAAAACUCAACAUCUGAAACUUUGUCUGAAAACCCUGGAGAUAUUCCCAUUAGUGGAGCAUUGCAGCCACAACUGAAAAGCUUUCACCCUCAAGUAAAGUGGUUCCAAAAAGAUGAUGUUGUUAUCCUAAAGAUAAAAAUAAGGAAUGCAAAGGAUUAUAAAUGUGAAUACUUCAGAAAUAGAGUUGUUUUCAGUGCCUGGGUGGGAGACAAAUUUUACUUGGCUGAUUUGGAGCUGCAGGCCAACAUCAUAAGAGAAGACUGCAAGUGUGUAAUUACAAAUGAGGAGCCUGUCAUCACUCUUGCAAAGGAGCAAAGGGGAUCCUGGUGUGGCUUACUCCGGCAGAAGAAUCCUAAUGUGGCUUUUGACUUUGACCACUGGGAAGAAUGUGAUGAGGACAGAGAGGAGGGCCUGUUCCCUGAAGUUGUAAGUGCUCGAAACCUGUCCUGCAAAGUGGCCGAGGUGACUGAAGACAGUGACAGCAGUGCAGAUGACUCCGAGGACAGUGACAGUGAAUGAAAAUGUGCGUUAAGCCUUGAAGAGCAGCCAGAGGCCUCUGAACAUAGUGGACAUCGCUGAGUGACUGGGAGAGAAGAAAACAAGCAUUCAUAGCCAAGGCUUUUUUUCACCUGAAGGAUAAGACUCUACUAAGUGUUGGCUGGUGGCACUAGGAUGGCUAAUGGUGAAAAACUUUCAGUCCACCUAAAAACAAGUUAUAAAAGAAGAUGCUGGUUGUCAAAUGUGGAAGAAGCAAAGAGUGCAGGACUGGUCCAAGCCCAGGCUGGACCGUGUAUCCCCCUCGCUGCCUCUCAUACACAUCGUGACAAGCUCAGCUUUGCUUUAAGUGGUAGAGAGCAAACUGUGACAUUCUGGUCUGGAGUCAGCCCACACGUUUUUUGUCAUUUAGACCUACCUUUAUGUUUGGUACAAUGUUCAAAACCUGUCUUGUGCUUGUAAAUAGAGGCAGCUGUCUCACAGACGUGGCCAUUGACUGAGUAAAAGUACUGACACUUUUCCUGUUCUCCAGGCACUGCUAGCACUGAGAGAAGUGAGUGCACAUCUUUUCCCAAGGACAUUGUGGGAUGGCUUUAGCGAGGCCAGUGAGACCCAGGCUUAUUCUACAGGUCAAGCUAUGAGUUGCAGAUAUCACUGGGGACUUGCAAAGGGACCUUUUAGAGCCUUCAGUGAUACAAACAGCCCUCUACAGCAUAUGAGCUGCAGUUUCCAUGCUGGACUAAGGGGUCUUUUUUGGCAACAUACUGGGAACCUGUGCAGUGCCUGCAGAUAACCUUCAGAACAGUGGGGGUGAUGAGCACCCUUGGUAAGUUUGUAGCACCUGGGAUCCUGAGAGUUCUUGGGAGAGUUCUUGGCUGGCACUUAAGGCAGGAAUAGCCUGGGGCUGGCCUUUCAUCUUUAGAUUUCUUCCCAGAUUUAAAAAAGUUAGAAAGGAAAGAAAUUGAAACUUUAGCUGGCUGUAGUGGUGCAUGCCUGUAAUCCCAGUAUUCAGGAGGUUGAGGUAAGAGAAUUGCUGUGAGUUCAAGAGUAGCCUGGGCUACAAAGUGAGGUCAAGGCCAUUCUGUACUGCAUAGUGAGACCCUGUCUCAAAAAGACAAGAAAAUGGAAACCUUACACACUUGAGGCUGAGGGAAGAGGAUCACAAGUUCAAGGCUAGCCUUGUCUCAGAGGGAUAGGGACCUAGUUCAGGGGUACAGUAUACCGGAGCUCAACCCCCAGCACCCCACCCCACCCCAAAACAAACCCCUGUGCACUUCCUCAACAUCUGUUGGCUUCCUCUAGAAGUGAAACGGAACACUGACAGAACAUGACAGGUACGCAACCACUGCAAGACAUCUCUUUUUGUCACAUCACAAAGUGUGGGUGCUCAGGCUCCUGUACCUCCCAGGUGAGAGCCCUGCUUGAACUGAGGUAAACACAUGACCCUGUCCCAUGAGCAGGGCUGGGUCCUGCUCCAGCUCUGUUUCUUCAUUUGUGAAAUAAGAUGCUGAGCUCAUGCACAGCCUCUCUUCUCCAUAGGCAGUGCCCAGAGUGGUGCUGGGCAAGGACCUCACCUGCAGGAACUUGACAGAUGUCAGACCCCUGCCUGCCAGGAGUGAGUCCUUGCUCCCCUGUAACUCUGAUAGGUUGGCAGUAUCACUGUGGCUUGCAAAGUUGAGAGUCCUGAUGUUUGCUGGAAAGAUUUCCACUCAGAGCUCAUCCUUGUCAGUGGUCACCCUAAAGGUGAGGGCCUGGGCCAGUAGCGAGGCUUUCUGUCCGGAGGGCACCAGCUUGUUGUGCUGAUUCUCUUAGGAAUGGCUCUGGCAGGUCCUGGAGUGCUCCUGCGUAUCUCACAGAAGACACAGUGCAGAUUCUGUGGUCCACUAACAGUCAUUGGAGACACUGGGGCAGAAGGGUUGGGGAUUUAAAUCUUGAUUACAGACACUCAAGUGUUAUAAUAUUUAAAACUGAAUAGUGUUUUGUAGGACAUAGAAUGUUGACUAAACAGGAAUUGGUUUUCUAUACUGCUGUUAAAACACAUGGCUUGUAAUUUCGGAAUGUGUUUAUAUGUUUGAAUAUGUGUUUAUGUGUUGGAAUGUAUGUGUUUAGAAAUUUGGAAAAUUUCUAAAAUGCAAGGUAAAAGUGUAGUACCUAUUCUAAAAUUGCUCACAUAAUCUGUUGUGAUGUGGAUGACUUUUGCAGCAAAUCUCUAAUAAAAUUUCAUUGUUCUCCCAGAAA